GACUUGGCAGCAUGGGAGGGGAACGGAUGUGGCGAUCCCAAAGAAUAGCACCGUUGGAAAGACCCAAGAUGGUGGGAUCCGUGUCGCUCAAAGGACCUUUCCAGGACCCUGCCUGCAUCGUUGGGGUUGCUCGCUAACCACUGCUUUCACGACCCGUGAGGCCAUAUGCAGGGCAGCUUCCACAUGGACUAACAACGCGCUGGGUAGGAGUGGUAAGGUACCACUCACACCAUAUGGGCCGGAGAUCGACUCUCCAGGCCGAUGCUACCUUACGUGCUCAAGAUGGAAGGCUUCUUGGAUGGCGCAGCGUCCGUCUCCGGCUGUAUGCGGGGGUCUUCUUCAAAUGCGGGGCGACGUCAUUCCAAAAACACCUGGUCUGGUGGCCUGGCCAUUGCUCUUGGACAAGCUCCCUCGCCUGUGGCCGAUAGUAAUGCCACCGGGGUCCGAUGUUUCCUGCUCUCCUCUGAUCCAGAUGAUCUUCAACGUGGCGGGGUUAAGGUCUUCGACGGUCUCGACCCGAUCUCUAAACUCAUUGUUCUGCAUUCUGGCCGUCCCAAAAUGUGUUCUUUGAGAAAAGUCGAACCGUCCCCGAUGGUACCGGCCAGGCCGGUUAGCGCUGCAGGCCUGGAUUCCCGCCAUGUCUCACUUAGUGCCAGGCAUUUUAAACUCAAUAGAAUCGUAAGCAGCAAUUCUCGGGGUCUAGGAUCGAACGACUGCCCGCGCGUGUACGUUGAGAGGACAUCAAUUGGUGCGCUCUAUCUCCAAAGACUUAGCCAUUUCCGGAACGCCGCUACCAACACAGUGACAACCGCCAGGCUGCUGCCAGAACCCAUCCUGGCCGUCUUCGAGUCUGCCCAGUACCUAAUCAAGCCCAACUUAGAUGUGCAGAAGGGGAUACAAGCUUAGACAAAGAAGAACCUUGUGUGCGCGCUACCAAGCGUG